AUGGUGGACGUAACCACUGGCCACAACCCACUGUCAUUCAUGGAUGGCUCAUCUGGAUACAAUCAAAUUCGCAUGGCUUCCAAAGACAAGGAAUUAACAGCUUUCCACACUCCAAAAGAAUGUUACGUAGACGACAUGGUUGUCAAGACCAAGAAGAGAUCCGAUCACUUGAAGGAUUUACGAAUGGUGUUUGACGAACUACGGCACUAUAGCCUCAAAAUGAACCCGUUGAAGUGUGCGUUUGGUGUUACUUUUGGUAAGUUCCUCGAUUUCAUUGUCAAGCAUCGUGACAUUGAAAUGGACUAA